AUGGUGAUAGGCUCGUACAACAGGUGGCUUUUUGCCUUUUUAUUCCUAUUCACAGCAUCAAAUUUUGAAUGCUUAAUAAGGAAACCUACUUCAGGUUCUUCAGGUGGCUCAUUCUUAUUUGCAGCUGCACAGGAUAAGCCUUCCUUCACAACACCUCAGUUUUCGAAUAUUACGCACCGAACCUUUGUUUGUGAUCGAUUCAUUCAAUAUGCGAAUGGCACAACAAACAUUAGGGAUUUGUUGGAAGGUUUAGACUUGAGUGUUGGCAUUGUCGAUCAAGGGAAUGAUAUUUACUUGCGGUUGAAUCGAAGUGACCCAGAUCCAAACAACUGGUCAAUCAACGAGAACGACCCUGGAAUUUUUGUCAAGAUCCUUGAUGAGCUAGCUUCUAGAGGGAAAUUUAGUUGGCGGAAGUCCUUCGCCUUUGUGCAACCUCCGCGUACAUUUGACGUCAAUCCGACGACUGGAACGAACUUCACUUGGACAGAUGUCUUGCUGGACGCUGUAACGCGGUACGAUUUUUCAUUUGCGGAAUGGGUGCACAAUCAAGAACGAAGGCGGUUGGGUAUAUCCUUCCCUGUUGGUUGGUUUGAUGCCUCGACUAUUCUUGUUCAGAAUAAAGUUGAACAGGUUUCAACGUUCAAUGUGGCUGCCUUUUUGCGUCCUUUCAGCGUUGGCGUCUGGUACUUGAGUUGCGCAGUUAUUUUCUUCAGCGGCAUCGUCUGGUGGGCGCUUGAUAAGAUCGAAUUUCCCGACGACAAAAUCAACACUGUGGUCUUCGAUACAUUCUUCACCACACUCACUAUUACGCAGCAUCACAUGUACGAAAAUCCGCACACGGUUGCAAAGCGUAUUUUUUCAUUCUCGCUUGCCUUGUGGUCCUUGAUUUUGGCAGCUGCAUACACGGCUAAUCUUGCCUCCUAUUUGGUUGCCGAACAGCGACCGUUGGUUCUAGCAGACACUCUGCAGGGGGUAGACGAGGGUCGAUUGCCACUAUGUGUUCGAUCUGGAGCAGCUGUGUAUGGUCAAGUCAGUCGCGCUUUUGAAGGCAUUGAUUUUCGACCACAAGAUAGUUUUGAUGCAGUUUAUGAAAGUCUGAGAGCAGGACGUUGUGAUCUGAUGGCAUCAAGAAAAGCUGACUUUGACGCUUUCAAGAACGAUAGGUUCAAGAAUCCCAACUGUAGUUUGGAGUGGGUUGGUCGUGUCCAAUUCAUCAACAAGGGCGGACCAGGAACUUUGGUCGACACAUCCAACUUCUGCACUUCCGUCAUCAGGCACGUCCUCGACGUUCAUUUGCAUGAAAUGAUUUCCGAUGGGACAAUCGAUUUCUUGUGGAAUACACACUUGAGAAAUUUGGAUAACAUCCAACUGUGCGGCGGUACCAAAUUGGAUGACGUAGAGGUUGUGGAUCCAAAAUAUUCGCUCCAGGCCAAUGAUGUGGGUGGUGUCUUUGUAUUCCAUGGCGUCAUGAUUCUUAUAUCCUUCAUAGUUACCUUAUGUGAAUCGCCGUGGCGCCGAAAGCGCCAUGCCAAGAGGAAAUUACGAGAAGCCCAACGGGAAGCUAUGGAAGCGAACUACUCGGAGUACGAAGAAGAAGUCAUCGAAAAGCCACGUCCUUCCAUGGAGCGCCUUGCAUCGUGUUCCGGACGCCCAUCCAUGGAACGUCUUGCAUCGAGCUACGGACGUCCAUCCAUGGAACGUUAUGCAUCAGCGAAGUCCUUGGUAUACUGUGGUGACUUUGAUGAUAGCAACCGUUCGGAGGGCGACGAGAUUUACGAAACCGACGGUCUUUUGCGAUCCAUUCAAAGGAUGCAAACCAAAAUCGAUCGAUUGCAACGGCAUGUCAAGCGCAAGAUAGAAGAAAAGAAUGGUGAAGUGAGCACUUCCUUUGCUUCCAAGGCUCUACGAUCUUUGCCGGUCAUUGCUGAUGUUAUUGACGAGGACGAGAGCCCAAGCGAAGAGGCGUCACUUGAAAAGAUUGUGUCAACGGAGGAGGAAUCCAAAAUUGGGCAAAUAAUUGAAGGGAAGAUUAUGUAG